GUAAAGAAGAUGAAUUUCCAAAGAAGCCACUGGGACAGAUUCCAUCAGGACCUCAGACUGCUAUGCUUAACUCCACUCCAGUGCUUAAUGGACAGAACAGCACUGGAACACAAACAACAGGAAAAACAGAGAGGAGACUAUCCCCAGAAGAAGAACCAGAAAGUUCACCAAAUAACCGAAAAAUAAUUAAUUCACUGGAAAAGAAACCUUCCUUAAAACAGCAGAAGACUCGGCCAGUAGAGACACAAAGUAGUAUGCCUAAGAAUGAGGUAGAUACCAGCAGAAAACCUCAGCCAACAGAGCAAGACAACUCGAGACAGUAUAAUAAUGCAGCUGCUAAUCAGAAUUCUAAUGCUACUUCAAAUACAAGAAGGGAAUUUGUACCCAAGUGGAAUAAACCGUCUGAUAUAAAAAUAAUUGAGAAGACAAUGAAACUUCCUGCAGAGGUGAAAGGAAGGCCAAUAAACCAUUCGGUUCCAGGCCCACCACCAAGUCCUGGAGAAACACAGCCUUUGAAUGUAAAGCAAAAGAUGAGGGUGUUGGAUGCUGAUGAAGGUAAGCGAGGGUCUAAUGCAUCUCAGUACGACAACGUUCCAGAAGUUGAAAAUGAGAAUCUUGUUGAAGAGAUGCUUGAGAGAGCUCAUACACAGAGCCCGAGGCACGUAACGUAUUCUAAUAGUCCAAGAAAGCAAACUGAAAAAAUACCAGCUCCAUUAAAAAUCCCCAAUAAUUACACCUUCACUUCACAACCCAGAUCUCCAAAAUAUUUAUCACAAUCUGAUGGACCACCUCAUGGAGUGAAUGUAAAACAGCCACUGCCAUGUUAUAGUAAUCCACCUACUUACCAUGGAAAUUCUCCAAAGCAUGUUUCCAGUGUAAGCAAUACAAGUUCUGUACCUCUGCAUUACCAUGGGAAUCGAACCAGCCCUUCUGGUAGGCCAUAUGGUUCUUUUAUUUCGGUAGAUUAUUCUUUGGAUAAACUACAAAUGAAUUCCUAUCCUGCCGCUCGCCAAAAUCCUCUUUCACCGACCCCUGGUCAGAUAGAAGUAGCCCCUGUUGAUGCUUAUACCAGCAACUCAAGGUCUCCCACAGGUGUCAAGUUCAUAAUCCCUCCGGUGGAUUAUUUACCGGAAGAUAGGAAGUGGCCGGAUGCUGCCUAUAUUUACAGACAUGAACCCUACAGGCAGCCCUGGAGCCAGGAUGUUAACAAAGGCCACUUGGAUAAUUUCCAGAAAUAUCAGCAUUUUCAGUCAACACCUUUUCAAGACCAUAGUCUUCCUGCUGUUUCUGUGGAUAGUCCAGUAAGAUACAGGACUUCGCCAAGCUUUGAAGAGCAUGGGUCACCACAGUACCAAUAUUCGAGCCCGUCAGCUCAAGCCCAGCACUAUCGAAAUAGAAACGAUGGAUUGUCUAUGCAUGAAUCCGUGCUUCUGUGAGAAUCUGUCUGUGCUUGGCAAGAACCAAACCCAGUUAAACACGACUGUGUUAGUAGUAGUCCACCUCAGCUCUUCCCUGAAAUGCGGGCGGUUUGCCUG